GGUGAGACUUGUGAAUGGGUAGACGUUUUAUCUGUGAUUAUUGUGACAAAUCAUUUCCAGAUAAUCCAAUUAAUCGAAGAAAUCAUCUUAAAGGUGUACAACAUCAACAAGCUCGAAAAUUACAUUAUGAUAAAUUUCUUGAUCCUAAAGAAAAACUUAUUAUAGAGAAAGCAAAGAAACCAUGUAUAACAUUUCGUAAUUCUGGUACAUGCACUUAUGGUCCAUUAUGUAAAUAUUCUCAUAUAACCAUUGAAGAGAUUCGUAUAUUAGAAGAGAAAUCUAGUAAGAUAAUAAUAGUUUUGUUUAUUUAUCAAAAUUUAGAUGCUGAACUUCUUGCUUCAUCUUACUUAAAUCAUUUAACAUCUGAAGUGAAUAUUGAUAAUCAAAUUAAUAUAUUAGAAUCAAAAUUAAUAUCUAGACGUGAUAAACAAUCAAAUUUUGGAUCAACUCAACAAUUUCAUAUUCCAGAAGGAAUACAACUAUUAUAUCUACCUCCGUCAUUGUCUUUACAUUAAAUAUUCCAGAUGGAUGCCCGAUUUUAUCUUUUAAAGGAUUUGUGUAUAUGGAGAAUUCAUUUGAGGAUUCCACGUGUUUCUAUAGUGAGGUUUUAAUUUAUAGACAAAGCAAUCAGAUUUCAAAUAGCGAGUUAUAGAUUUUGGCAUCAACUUCUGACUUCUCACACUAAUUCAUAAACCUAUUUAGACCUUUUUAAGUUGGUGCAAUUUCUCAAGGUCACUAUGACAUCACUCAAAGGUUGUCCAUAAAUUCCAACUCUACUUUAUGGGGCUUCUCUGACGGUUAAAAGAUUUUUGUAUAUUUAUGCUAUGGAAAAUAAAGUACUUAUUACUUUUUAGGCUUUUUGGCCUAUAA